CCGCGCGUGCGCCCUCGCCGAGCUUCCGGUUCCGGGGCGCGCGGGAACAUGGCGGCGGCCGGUGAGGAGGAGGAGACGACGGACUGGGCGCUGCCGCCGGAGGUGGAGGUGCUGGAGUCCAUCUACCUGGAGGAGCUGCGGGUGACGCGGGGCCACGACAGGUGGGAGCCCUGGGAGAUCAGCAUCACCCUGCACCCCGCCACGGCCCAGGACCAGGACUCCCAGUACGUCCGCUUCACUCUGGUGCUGUCUGUGCCCCCCCAGUAUCCCGAUAAAGCUCCAGAAAUCUCAAUCAGAAACCCGCGGGGGCUGUCAGAUGAGCAAAUUCAAAAGAUCUCCCAGACUCUUAUAAGCAUUGCUGAAGCCAGGCUGGGAACAGAAGUGCUCUACGAACUGAUCGAGAAGGGGAAGGAGAUUCUCACUGACAAUAACAUUCCUCAUGGCCAGUGUGUGAUCUGCCUCUAUGGAUUCCAGGAAAGAGAAGCCUUCACCAAGACCAAGUGCUACCACUACUUCCACUCUCACUGCCUGGCCCGCUAUGCCCAGCACAUGGAGGAGGAGAUCCUCAUGCAGCAGGAGGAGAGAGACCAGCACCUGGUGCCAUCCCCCAAACAGGAAGUCGGUGUGCAGUGCCCUGUCUGCCGGGAGACCCUGGUCUACGAUCUCUGUGCUCUGAAGGCGGCACCACCCCCGCAGCACCCGCUGGAGCCAUACAGGCCAGAUGCCAAGACACUGCAGCACCAGGAGGAACUACGCUUAAUUUUCAAGAAACAGCAAGAGAAAGGGGGCAUCAUUGACCCUGAAGCAGAGAGGAACCGUUACUUCAUCAGCCUCCAGGUGCCUCCAGCUGCUGUUGAUCCAGGCCAAGCAGCCACUGCCUCUGAAAUGCCGGUGAGCGCAAGUGCUGUGAACGUGCCCCAGCUGCCCAGUCAAGCCUCAGCUACAGAGCCAGCCGGGGUGCUGGAGACCAGGGCAGAGCCCAGGCGGCCCGAGAGGCCUUCUGUGCCCAGACAGCAACAGAGCAAGAGGGAGAAGCACAGAGGGGAGAGGCCAGCCCCCAGAGGCCAGGGCAGGCAGUCAUGCAGUGGCUUGCAGGAACCGGCAGAGGAAGCCUGUCAUCCGCUCCAUGGCUCCAGGGGGGCCAGAGGCUUCAGCCAGAGACCAGAGCGGAGACUUGGUGGGAGACACAGCCAGGAGUUUCCAAAGCCUCACAACAGAAGCAGGGCUGCUGCUUUGGCUGAAAGAAAGGAGUUGUGUCCUGAAGAUCCCUCACCAGUAACUGAAGCAGCGGACUUGAAAGCAGAGCACCGUGAUGUGGAGAGAUGGUCCCCGGAGGAGGGGGCUGAGGCCCAGGGCAGGGAGAUGGAAAACCUGGCAUUCAACCGCAGUGAGCACAGAGCAGCUCCCAGCUGGCAGGGCCACCACAGGCCCUGGGACUGCGGGAGGUGGGAGAGGUCCAGAGUCCAGGAGCGUGGUUCCUACCCCAGAGCGCCAAGAGGGCGAGGAGCAUUCAGGCCCAGUGGACAACGAGAAGCCCAUCUCCUUGAGAAGGAGAGUGGCUCCUAGCAGGAGUGGGGAGUGGCUGAGCUGGGGGAGGGAAGAGCUGUUUAUGGGGGGAACAGUAAAGGCUUUGGUGGAGCAGUAGCAAGCAGGCACCGUACCCCUUGGGAGGAAGAAGGCAGUUGGCAUGUGGCACAGCUUGGGACAGGCAGUGUCUCCAAGGUAUGUGCAUAGUAGAGCAUCCUGGCAUGAAUGACUGGCUGUCACCAGCGUUGGAGAAGCUGACUCCUGACAGAUCACGUCAACCUCGGUCUCAGAGGACCCAGGGGACAAAGGAAGCCUUGACUGGGGACCCACAGCCAUCAUCCCUGUUUGUGAGCGACCAAGAAACAUGCACACCUAUAGAGCAAAUGGAAUGAGCCCCGUGCGGUGCUAAGGCAGAGCCAGAGUUGUGGCAGGACCUUUCCUGGAAGCCAGCAUCCCAGUGGAGCCGUGGUAGUGCCAAGCGAUGAGGCUGUACCAGGACAGCAGUCUGGAGCUCAGCUUGCUAUGUCGCCCAUCCCUUCUCAGCAUACCUUCUCAACUGCUGUCCCUGUCCCUUGAAGACAACAUUCCUUCUCCUGCAGCCCUGACCACUGUUCAGCUGAUGGGCUUGGCCAGGCAAGUUCCUUUGGAUGACAGGACAUUUCCCAGUCCCAGCCAGGAGACCUAAAUUAAGCUUAAGUCAACACGUUGGCAGGUCAGGGCUGUCUGGUGACUGAGGCUUUGGGUUGUCUCCUAUUCCCCCAGGAAGCCUGAAUUUAGGUGGAGCUCCUGCACUGUCCUUCAGCUGCUUUCACGCAGGCAGAAGCUGAUAGGGGAGACCUGGGAAGAGCACUCUGCUUUGUGACAUGUAUCUCUUGGGAUCCCCCUCUAAGGCCAGGCUGUAUCUUGGAGCUUCCAGCAGCCUGAAGACAUGCCCUAGUACUUUGGAUACUCUUACCCUCCUUUCCUUAAGCUGAUCUUGCCUCAAAGAAAUGAGGAUUUGGGUUUACCUUGGUGCCAAUCCUGCUGCUGCUGCUUCACGGAUUUAAACAGCGUCCCACUUCAGAGCUGUGAACAGGUGAUCCCAAACCUCUGAAGUGGGACACUGCUAUUAAAUUAAUUCAUUGAGUCUUC